CGUCAAUCUAUAAAAAGCAGAGUCCUUUCUCUGUUUUCUGAGUCUCACCUCGAUACGCUACUCGGAAACAUGUGUGGUGGUGCUAUUAUCUCCGAUUUCGUAGCCGUGAAACCCAGACGGCAAUUGAACGCCGAGGAUCUCUGGUCUGAGCUGGAUACCUUCUCUGACUUUCUUGGCUUGGACUACCCUAAUAAUGCCAAUAAAGACCAGAUAUCUACCAAGUUGGAUCUUAAACUCCAUGAAAAGCCGAAGCUGAAGCUCAACCAAGUUGAGAAAACUGAGAAAGCUAGCACUGUAAUGGAAGGGAACAAGACUCGGAGAAUUCGAAAGAAUAUUUACAGAGGAAUAAGGCAAAGGCCUUGGGGGAAAUGGGCUGCUGAGAUCAGAGACCCACACAAGGGUGUUCGUGUCUGGCUCGGUACUUAUAAUACAGCUGAAGAAGCUGCCAGAGCCUAUGAUGAGGCAGCGAAGCGCAUCCGUGGAGACAAGGCAAAGCUCAAUUUUGGGCAGUCACCAUCCGCAACUCAAGCUCCACCACCACCAGAACCACCAUCCAAGAAGCGGUGCCUGAUGAUGAUGGCUCCUGAGAUGUCUCCUGCUGCAAGCUUCGAAAGCUGCAGCAGCAGCAGCGCUGUGACAGCACCGCAGCAAUACAUGGGUCUUGGACAUCAAAAGGAAUUAUUGGGGAGUGAUUAUGAGCUGAAAGAGCACAUCUCGAGCCUAGAAACGUUUCUGGGAUUGGAGCCAGAGAAGAUGGAGGCUCAGUUGAGUGGAAGCAGCCGUGAGACAACUGAGUCGGUGGAACUGUGGAUGCUGGAUGACCUGGUGAGCCACCAUCAGAAUCAGCGCUGGCUUCCUCUUUAAAAGCGUAAAAAUACAUACAUAUAUAUAAACUUAAUGCAGUAAUGGUGGUUUGUGUUUAUGGUUUUAAUGCUACUGUGUUAAUGUGUUUGAUGCUUCCUGUUUAAGACUUAAUUAAGACUGUUUUCUUACUACAAUGUAUUAAGACUGGUUUUGCCUGAGACUAA